AUGAACUCAAAUUUUACGAGUAUCGUUUCCUCAAAUGAGGAAGAGAAAUGUGAUAUAGAAAACAGGAAGACAUUUCCCCUUUUUGAAAAUGAUAAUUUUGAAAUAAAUCAAAGCGGAGAUGAUGAAUGUAUCUCGGGUAGUGCCGAUGGGUUGGAGGUGAGAGAGGAUGAGGAGACAGAGGAGGAAGAUGAGGAUGGACAAAAUGAGUAUGAUGAAGGAGAAGAUGAUGGGGAAGAUUAUGACGAAUAUGAGGAUUAUAAAGAAAGAUAUGACAAUGGAGGAGUGGAACAAGGCCAGGAGAAUCUCAUGGAUAACAAGGACAAUUCAAGUGAUAGCUCUAACAUGAGCUAUAACGAUUUGAACAGCGAUGAAGAGCACGAGAAAGGAACGAGUUACAAUGAAUAUUACAACAUUGAUGACAUAGAAAUAAUAAGAAAAAGAAUAGGAGAAGAUGGAAAUAGAGAAGAUAGCCAAAAUGGAGCAGAUAGCGAAGUACAUUUUCUGGGGGGACAAAAGGAGGUGAACAUAUCUGGGUUGAUGAAAAAAAAAAUAAAGAAGAAGUGCAUCAACAAAAGUGAGCACAUAUAUUUUGAUGAAAUAGGAAUAUAUAAAAAUAACAAAAUAAUGAAUAGUGAAGAUAUAGAAGAUAGAAUGAAAUAUUUAUUGUUAUUAUUAAGUGAUAGCUCGAAAAAAAAAAAAAAAAAAAAAAAAAAUAUUUCCAUAAUAAAUAGUGUGGUAGAAAAAUCAUCAAUAAUAAAAGAGCUACUAUUUUAUUACACUUAUUAUUAUGAGUACACAAAAGAAAUGAUAAAAUAUUUAUACUACUUAUUUGAUAUAAAAGAGCUGUACUUAUUUCUUGAGAUAAAUAAUAUGCCAAAGGAAAUUCACCUAAGAACGAAUACAUUGAAAAUAACAAGAAGUAAUUUAAUGAAAAUUUUAAAAGGACAAAAUAUAUCAGUACAAGAAGGAAGAGAUAAAUGGAAUAACGUCGGCAUCAUUGUGAAUGAUAUAAAUUCAAAUGUUGGUAGUUGUAACGAAUAUUUAUAUGGUUAUUAUAUGAUACAAUCCUCUUCAUCUUUUAUACCUGUUUUAGAAUUAAAUGCCCAAGAAAAUGAUAUUAUAUUAGAUAUGUGUGCAGCACCAGGAGGGAAAUGCACUUAUCUGUGUGCACUUAAAAAAAAUAGAGGUCUUGUUUAUGCAAAUGAUGUUAACAAAUUACGGUGUAAAGCUAUUGAAGCACAUGCUUCAAGAAUGGGUAUACAUAAUCUAAUAGUUACAUGUUUUGAUUCUUUAAAUAUACAUAAAUAUAUUAGCUUCCAGUUUGACAAAAUACUUCUGGAUUCUUUUUGUAGUGGUACAGGUGUUGUUAACAAAAAUAAAAGUGCUAGAAGAAAAAGUAUAAAAGAAAUAAGAGAACUAGCACAAAAACAACGAAAACUAUUAAACAAUGCAAUUAAUUUAGUAAAAAAUGGAGGAAUUGUUGUUUAUUCUACUUGUAGUAUUACUGUGGAAGAAAAUGAACAAGUCAUAAAUUAUAUUUUAAAAAAAAGAGAUGUUAAUUUAUUACCAACCGAUAUAGACAUAGGAGAUCCAGGAAUAACUCAUUAUAGAAAGAAACAGUUCUCUAGCAAAAUAGCCUUAUGCAAAAGGAUUUAUUUACAUAAACAUAAUUACGAUAAUUUCUUUGUUGCUAAAUUAAUUAAGCGAUCUGAUGUUAUCUUCGGUAAAGAUAAACAUACAGGAAAUAAUAAAAAACGAGCAGGGGAAGAAAAUAAAAGGAAAAAAAAAAAAAAAAAAAAUUUUCCCAAAUGCCAAGGAGAAGAUUUAAAAAGAAAUGCGCAAGAUGGUAAUAUGCGAAAUAAAAAUACAUACACAAAUAAUGUGAAGCAUGUUUCAAAGCAUGAUAAUAAUUACGCAGGCGCUUCCAAAAGUGGAAAAAAGGACAACAGACUCAACAGAAAGAAGGUAGAAGGCAAUACAAAUAGCAACACCCAGGAGAUAAAUGAUCAUAUAAAAAUUAGCUUAAAAAACAAAUCUAAAACUAACAGGAAAAAUGCGAUUAAAAGCCACAAGAUGAACUACUUAAAUGGAAAAAGGAACAAUCUCAAGGGCAAAAAAAACAAGUUUAAGAAUAGAAAAGAAAAAAAAUUACAGAAUCAGUCCGAACAUGUGCAUUCAGAAAAAAGGGGCGAGAAAAAUGGAAGCGUAUAUGGCAGAGCAAAUCACAGCUCCGAUAAGGCAAACAAAAAAAUUAAGAACAGGACUAUUAAAAAAAAGAAGGAAACGAAAAAAUGGAAAAACCAACGGACGAAAGGACAAAAGGACGAAAGGAAGAAAGAACAAAGUGAACGUAAAAUAAAAAGACACACUUGA